CAUCAGAUCUUCACAAAAUGAGGGCCGUUGCUUUGCUGUGUCUCGCUGCCACUUUGGCUGUCACUGCUGCCUUACCUGCAGCUGCUCCAGUUCCUCCAGCUGCCCCGAUGAUCCCCUCUCUUGCCAUGAUCGAGGCCUUCAUCCCGACGCCCGAGGAGAUCAACGCCCUCAACGCCCUCCACACCACGCCCGCCCCAGGGGUCGUGCCCACUCCAGGGGCCGCCCCCCUCGCACCUCCAACCAUGCCUCCUGCAGUAGCAAAUCUGGUCGCCAAGUACAAGGCCGCAGCCGCAGCCUUCAUCCCUUCCACUGCAGCGCCUGCCUGAUCUGAUGCCUUUUCCCUGUGAGUGUCGACCAGGCAGUUUACAUGAGUCACUUUUGCUUUUGU